GCCCCGCGCGUGCGCACUGCGGUUCUGCGCUUGUCAUCAUGGCGACGCGGGGCCAUGUGCAGGACCCUAACGACAGGCGCCUCCGGCCCAUUUACGAUUACCUUGAUAAUGGUAAUAAUAAAAUGGCAAUUCAGCAAGCAGAUAAAUUGUUGAAAAAGCAUAAGGAUCUUCAUUGUGCUAAGGUUUUAAAGGCAAUUGGUUUACAGAGAACUGGAAAGCAAGAGGAAGCCUUCAUCUUGGCGCAGGAGGUGGCAGCCCUUGAACCCACAGACGACAACUCACUGCAGGCACUGACUAUUCUUUACCGGGAGAUGCAUCGACCGGAGUUAGUCACAAAACUUUAUGAGGCAGCUGUGAAGAAAGUUCCCAAUAGUGAGGAAUAUCACUCUCACCUCUUCAUGGCCUAUGCCAGAGUGGGCGAAUACAAGAAAAUGCAACAGGCUGGCAUGGCUCUAUAUAAGAUUGUCCCCAAAAACCCUUACUACUUUUGGUCUGUGAUGAGCUUAAUAAUGCAAUCUAUAUCAGCGCAGGAUGAAAACCUCUCAAAAACGAUGUUUCUGCCCCUUGCUGAGAGAAUGGUAGAAAAAAUGGUAAAAGAGGACAAGAUAGAAGCAGAGGCUGAAGUUGAACUUUAUUAUAUGAUCCUAGAACGUUUGGGAAAGUACCAGGAAGCCUUGGAUGUCAUCAGAGGAAAAUUAGGAGAGAAGUUAACAAGUGAGAUUCAGAGUCGGGAAAAUAAAUGCAUGGCUAUGUACAAGAAGCUGAGCAGGUGGCCAGAGUGCAAUGCCCUUUCUCGGCGCCUCUUACUGAAAAACUCAGAUGACUGGCAGUUCUAUCUGACUUAUUUCGAUUCUGUCUUUCGACUGAUUGAAGAAGCCUGGACUCCUCCUGCUGAAGGUGAACACUCUUUAGAAGGAGAAGUACAUUAUUCUGCAGAAGAGGCUGUGAGAUUUAUAGAAGAUCGGAUAACAGAAGAAUCUAAAAGUUCUCGCCAUCUCCGAGGACCACAUCUAGCUAAACUGGAGCUGAUUAGACGUUUACGACGUCAAGGUUUUAAUGAUGAGUACAAACUGGGUGAUCCAGAAGAAUUAAUGUUCCAGUAUUUUAAAAAGUUUGGGGAUAAACCUUGUUGUUUCACAGACCUCAAGGUGUUUGUUGACCUCUUGCCUGCUACACAGUGUACAAAAUUUAUUAAUCAGUUACUUGGAGUUGUUCCUUUGUCAACACCAACAGAGGAUAAGCUGGCACUGCCUGCUGACAUCAGAGCUCUGCAGCAACAUUUGUGUGUGGUGCAGCUGACAAGGUUACUUGGCUUGUACCACAUGAUGGAUAAAAAUCAGAAAUUGAGUGUGGUCAGAGAAUUGAUGUUAAGGUACCAGCAUGGACUAGAAUUUGGGAAAUCCUGUUUGAAAACCGAAUUGCAAUUUUCAGACUAUUACUGUCUCCUUGCUGUCCAUGUGCUUAUUGAUAUAUGGAGAGAAACAGGUGAUGAGACCGCUGUGUGGCAGGCCCUGACUUUGCUGGAAGAGGGACUAACUCACAGCCCUUCCAAUGCUCAAUUCAAAUUGCUGCUUGUUCGAAUCUACUGUAUGCUAGGGGCAUUUGAACCGGUGGUGGAUCUGUAUUCCAGCCUUGAUGCUAAGCAUAUCCAGCAUGACACCAUUGGUUAUCAUUUGACCCGAUACGCCGAAUCCCUAGGUCAGUAUGCUGCUGCAUCCCAGUCCUGUAACUUCGCGCUCAGGUUUUUCCACUCCAACCAGAAAGAUACCUCAGAAUAUAUUAUUCAAGCUUACAAAUAUGGUGCAUUUGAGAAGAUCCCAGAGUUUAUCGCUUUUAGGAACAGGCUGAAUAAUUCUCUUCAUUUUGCACAAGUCCGUAUUGAACGUAUGUUGUUAGACCUUCUACUUGAAGCAAAUGUAUCAACCAGCUUAGCAGAAAGUAUAAAGUCAAUGAAUCUUCGGCCAGAAGAAGAUGACAUUCCAUGGGAAGCCUUGCGAGACAACAGAGACUUAAAUGUUUUCUUUAGCUGGGAUCCAAAAGACAGGGAUGUUUCUGAAGAACAUAAGAAACUUUCCUUGGAGGAGGAGACAAUGUGGUUAAGAAUCCGUUCCUUAACCUUGAGGCUGAUCAGUGGACUUCCAAGUCUUAACCAUUCUGUUGGGCCAGAGAACUCAGAGAAGACCACUGAGAAUGGAGUAUCCUCCCGGAUUGAUAUUUUCCGUUUGCUCCUUCAACAGCUGGAGGUGGCCCUGGAGACGGGAAAGCGAUUUAUUGAGAAGGACAUUCAGUAUCCUUUCCUUGGUCCUGUACCUACCAGAAUGGCUGGAUUCUUUAAUUCUGGCUGUUCUCAGUGUCAGACCAGCUCUUUUUAUCUUGUUAGUGAUAUUUAUGAGCUGGACAUCAAUGGUUUAGAGGAUACAAUGGAGAUCCAGGAACGAGUAGAGAAUAGUCUUAAGUCUUUACUAGAACAGUUAAAAGAUGUCUUCAGUAAAUGUAAAGGUGAUCUUUUAGAAGUUAAAGAUGGUAACUUGAAAACACAUCCUACUCUUUUAGAAAAUCUAGUCUUCUUGGUUGAGACUAUUUCUAUUAUCCUUUGGGUGUCCAGUUACUGUGAGAGUGUCCUGCGACCAUACAAAUUAAAUUUACAGAAAAAGAAGAAGAAGAAAAAAGAAACCAGCAUCAUCAUGCCACCUGUCUUUACCAGUUUCCAAGACUAUGUUACUGGGCUUCAGACUUUAAUUUCGAAUGUUGUGGAUCAUAUUAAAGGACUUGAAGCACAUCUAAUUGCACUUAAACUUGAAGAACUUAUUUUAGAAGACACUUCCCUCUCACUGGUAAGAGACUGCAUGGAAGAGAGAAAAUUUUCAAAGACUGUACAAGGGAAGGUACAGAGCAGUUACCUGCACUCACUUCUGGAAAUUGGGGAGCUGCUGAAAAAAAGACUUGAGACUACAAAGAAACUAAAAAUUUAAGUUAGUGUGAACCACAAGCACUGAUGACUCUACAACAGAAAAUGACAUCAUCUUCCCAGGCAAAAGCUACAUCUGGUUGACCAUCAUUUUAAUCCAGAACUUCCUCAUAAAAUGCAUGAAGGACUUUGAUCGUGAAUUAAUUUUUUAGGUAUUAAAUGUAUACAACUGAUUAAAUUAUUGUAUAUAAACCAGAAGCAGGACCCUCAUCUGGGUUUGACCACUUUUUAUACAUGUUCAUAUGCAUAUGGCAGCCACAAGAGAACCCCACUCUUCUUCUUCCCUUCUAUCACCAGAAACAUCUGGUGGGGUGGGGGGAAAGCAGCAAUAGAAAUUAAGCAUAAAGCAUUGACCUCAGAGCAGCUGAAUGGCCCUACCAUUAUAUCCGUGCGUGUUUUGGUCUGGUCCUUGAGCCUUAGGAAUCAGAAAGCAGAAGAAGAGGGGGACCAUGAUUGGGAGCAGGCCUUCUUUCCACAUUAGCAGUUUAGUUUUGAGGCUUCCUCAAAUGCUUGGCUCCCACAGAACCCAAGGCAGGUACCCAAAGGGCCUCAGAUGAAAUUUGGCAUAAGCACCUGCCACUGAAGGACAUCAGUCAGAUGACCACAGGCUGUCGUUUUUCAUCUUAAUAAUCCCAAUGGCCGAGACAUCCCCAUCCUAGCUCCUGUGAGAGUUAAAUCAGAAGUAGCCUUCUGUUACCUUACAGCUGUUUGGAGGGGAAAGUAAUGCAGACCACUUACAAGCCUGCUGAGGACUAGCUUGCUGUCUUUCGUCUAUUUGGGAAAGAUGGGAAUCACUGUUUUAAAGAAGAGAGGUGUACAUAAUUUAUGCAGGCAAGUCUAAUACCAGUGUCAUUGGUUUUGUGAGCUAUAUAUAUAUGUAUAUGCUUUUACAUAUAUACGUAUAUUUUCAACCAUAUAUACAUGUAUAUGUAAAUGUAUAUACAUGUAUAUAUGCUUGAAAGAUUUAAUACUUUAGUGUUUUGUAAGUGGGAGGUUUGGGAAGGAAGAAAGGAAGGAAUGUAUAUUAAUAUGGAUUUAACCUAGGUUUUAAGAUUUAGGCUGGCAAAAGAAAUGUUAUCAAUUGGGCUUGAGGUUCAGUUUACUUUUUUCAAACUUGAGAAUUAUUACCAGGAUGGUGUUUACGUUGUUCAUCUGGAGCUCCCCAAGACUGUGGCUUCACAGGUUGGUUUGACAGAAAAGAUAAACAUUGCUCUUGAAAAUGUUACACAUUUUAUACAACUGCUUUGGUAACUUUUUUGUGUUUGAAUCUGUGCCUCUGGUUUUUGGUCUUUGUUACCCAAAUACCGUUAAAGUUAGUAAUUCUGAAAAGCAAAGAAUUGAAUUUGAUGAGGAAAUUCAAGUAUCUGAUGGAGGAUUGGUCUUGAAGACCUUCAAGGUCCUUUCCAACUCACUUCUCCAGUGAAAUGUGAUACUUUUUUCUUUUAAAAGCAACCAAAAAAGAGCUUGGAAAACCUCUGUAUGCAAAGCAAUUGCAUUUUGUCCCUAUCAUUUUGACUUUCUUAGAUUCACAAUUUGGUGGGGUGAUUAAUAACUGUCUCAACUUGUAGGGAAACUUUUUUGAAAAUUACUGAAUUACCUGGUCAAAAUAAGACUUGUUGGAAAUCCUAGUCUAUUCAGUAAUUUAAUAAAAAGUUUUGAUGUUAAUUGGUAGCCACAACUGUCAUACCCCAUCCCAAAAGAAAAGAACUGCCUUGAACAAGCUGAAUUAAAAAUUCUGAUUGAUUCUGAAUCUAACUUAAUAACAUCAUAAUUUCAUAAAACUAUGGUCUAUUUAGAUGGAACUUUGUGUAUGGGGUUGGGACUAUGUGUGUAUGGCAUGUGUUCUUGAAAUGAUGUUUCUUUGAAUAUCCAAAAUUACUAUACAUAGAAAUGUUCUUUAAAACAAGUCUAUUAACUGACAGUGAUCAUUCUAGCAUAUGUGUGCUCAGUGGGCUGGCCUUGGUCCUCAGGGACAGUGUGUGACUCCAGUGGUCUACCUACCUAGUCUCUUGCCUAGGGGCAUCUGGGUCCUCUACUGGUUUUAGUGACAGAUAAUGUUACGUUGGGGUUAUGCUUCUUUUGUUACAUGUUGAUUUCCCUACUAAAUGUAGCAUUUCAAUUAGAUCCAACCUCUUACAUUUUGAGAUAAUUGUAAAAAGAAUGAAAUUAUGCAGAAAUGGCCAAUAUCUUUUAUUGAUCUGUUCUUUUGGAAAUUGUCAUGCACUAUAAAUUGUGUACAGUUAAAAAAAUAUAUAUAUAUAUAUAUAUACACACACACAUAUAUUCUUACAUGAGUAAAAAGCACCCUCUCCAGCAAUUGUAUGUAAUUGGUAUUUGAAGAGAAUUCCCAAAUAACUCAUUGCUGCUGCUGCUGCUGUUUUUAGUUUGUGUGGGUUUUUUGUUUUGUUUUUGUGUGGAAAAUUGAUAUUUAAAAAAAAAAAAAAGGAAAGGAGAAAAAACACGACUACUGUUUACAGACUGAAAAAUUACUGCUUUUUAUACUACUGAGAUCCUAAGUUAAGACUCUCCAAAGCAAACAUUUGGUUUAAAUCAUUUAUCUGAUGUGGGUAAAAGGUAGAGGACUUUUUAGUGUUCUCCACAUAAUGGAAAAUGUACAAAUGCCUAGCUGUGUUGCCCAUCAAUUUUGUAUAUUUUCAUAAUUUUAAUUGUUCAAAAUUGCAUUAUAUUUUGCAAUCACUA